AUGGCUCUUUUCCGUGCCAACUUGCCCGGCUCUGGCGACUUCGCUCCUCUUUUCCGUCUGCUCGAUGACUACGAUGACCACCGCUCUUCCCGCAACCAGGCCGCGGUUCGCUCGUUCUCUCCUCGCUUUGACAUCCGUGAGAGUGAAGAUGCAUACCAUUUCGAUGGUGAAUUGCCUGGCAUCGAUCAGAAGGACAUCGAUAUCGAAUUCUCCGACCCCCAAACUCUAGUUGUCAAGGGCCACAGUGAACGCGAGUACCAUACCGAGCCACCAGCUGAGGCCAAGGAAGGCAAGGAUACAGAUGAAGACAAGCCCACUCACCGGUUCUGGGCCAGCGAGCGCUCAGUCGGCGAGUUCCAGCGCGUCUUUUCCUUCCCAACUCCUGUCGAUCAGCACAAUGUCAAGGCCAGUUUGAAGCAUGGUAUCUUGUCCAUCAAGGUACCCAAGACCACUGCCGCUACUUCCAAGAAGAUCACCAUUGAGUGA